AUGGCCUUCCACUCCCCCUACCUCUUCCUCUCCGCACCCGGCGACCCCACAAAGCAGGACACAGUCAACAAACUCAAGGACAAGAUCGCCUCAAAGCACAACGACUAUGCUGAGAUAUUUCCAUUUUCUUUGCCUGAAUUCAAGGUGGGAACUCUCGACCAAUUAGUCGUGCUCUCCGAUGACCUCGCCAAACACGACCUCGCCGCUGAAAGCAUCGCGGUCAAAAUCGCAGAGAAUAUGAAGACGCUGCUGAACAACGAUGUGGAUCAGUGGAAGAAUAAUUUAGUCGUCAAUGAAAAGGGCCUCGACGCAUACCUCCGCGGCUUCCAAUGGAACGGGAUGAAGUACCGGACGGACAAGAGUCUGAAAGAGCUAGCGGAUCUGAUCUUACAAGAAGUGAACCAGAUCGAUGCGUUGAUGAAGAGCAAGAUGACCGCGUAUCAGGCUGUGAAGUCGGCGUUGCAGGGAAUACAGAGGAAACAGACAGGAAAUCUGGCUGUGCGGAGUCUGAACGAUAUCGUCAAAAAGGAUCAUCUGAUACACGAUUCUGAGUUCCUGACUACGCUCAUCGUCGCUGUACCAAAGGCAUUAAUCAACGACUGGAUAGCGAAAUACGAGACGCUGACGCAGAUGGUCGUUCCGCGGUCCUCGCAGAAAAUCGCGGAAGACGAAGAAUACGCCUUGUUCACUGUGACGCUGUUCCAACGCAUGGUGGAGGAGUUUCAACAUAAGGCGAGGGAGAACAAAUUCACAGUGCGCGAUUUCAAAUGGGACGUACAAGCAAUGGCAGCCGAAAAGAAACAGCUGGCAGAGAUGGGUGCCACGGAGCGCGAGCAAUGGACAACCCUCCUCCGUCUCUGCAAAGCCAACUUCGGCGAAGCCUACGCAUGUCACGUCCACCUCAAAGCCCUGCGAGUGUUUGUCGAGUCCAUCCUCCGUUACGGCCUGCCGCCGAAUUUCCAGCCUAUGGUUAUCAAGACCAAACCAAAACAAGAACGCAAGCUCCGGGAUCUACUCAACCGGCACUUUGCGAAACUGGCGGGUAAUACAGGAAACAGUUCGACAGCAGCAACGACAGGGGAAGACGCACACAUUGAGGAGAAUCUGGCGAUGUUGAUUGGCGAUAAGGAUUAUGCGCCUGUUGUGUUGUUUUAUAUUAAUCCGAUUGUUUGA